AUGGCUCUUCACGAGUCAAUGUCAAAGCUUCCCAGGGCUCUAUCACGGCGGUUACAGCCAGCCUUUUCCUCCCAGCUCCCGGCAUACCGUCGCAAUGCCUCUUCCGAAUCAUCAUCUCCCUCUCCCCUAGACGACCUCGAACCCUCCUCAUCCUUUUCCACACCUCCAUUGCCCGAAGAAAAGAUAAAAGAAUUCGACCCAGUAGCCAGAAGCAAAGCUAGAAAGCACCAGCUUCCACGAAGUCGAUACCAAUACCGCUCUCCCAAAUAUGACCGUGGCCCUCUUAAUCCUCACAGACCUCCGCCAACAUCACAUCCUUCCUCACGUCUUUUCGUUCCGGGCCCAUUCAGCUUAACCCGAGUCGAACAGACGUACAAUUCCACAGUAGCCUCCGACAUCCUUACACUCUGCUACGUGCAUAAACCGCAUGGUUUCAAGGCUCCCCCUCCCGCCCCCCGUCUACGGCAAUGGGACGAUAGCUCGCCGUAUCAUAAGAACAGACCUCUUCGCGGACCCAGAGGAGGAGACGUUUUGCGCCUGCUCAGGAAACCAAUCACGUUCAACAAUAUUCCUGAAUUGUCUGGCGUGACUGUUCACUCUUACGUUAAGGAAGCUGUGGCGAGCUCCUCGUUCCUGCAUGUAGCUGGUAUGACGCUACAGGCCAUCACGAACGUGCGAGUAAAGACUCACAAGGUCAAGACGGGUGUGCCUAAAUGGGGCCUUAUACCGGGCCACAAACACGUUGCUGCCACUGCUGAGCUGGAGGGAGAAGACAUGUACCAUUUUUUCAGCAAGUUGGUGGACGUGGUUAUGCCUAAGUUUAAGGACUGGAAGGGUGUGAAGGUUACAAGCGGUGAUGGAAGCGGGAAUAUCACACUUGGUCUGGAGCCGUCGAUGGUUGCCAUGUUCCCUGAAAUCGAAGUCAAUUACGAUAUGUAUCCUCCCCGUAUGAUUCCUGGCUGCCACAUUACCAUCAAGACUACUGCUCGCACCGACAAAGAUGCCAGACUAUUGCUUAAUGCUCUGGGUGUUCCAUUUAAUGGGAAGCUCCUGAAGUAA